AUGCUAGAAGGCAAGGCAGUUGUUGGUGAGACCGACAUGCUUCAAACCAUGCAACAAGAUGCACUCGAUCUUGCAGCCAAAGCCCUUGACUUCUUUGAUGUCACUGACUCCACUGACAUAGCUCGUUUUAUUAAAAAGGAAUUCGAUAGGAUGUAUGGACCAGGGUGGCAAUGCAUCGUGGGAAGAGAUUUUGGCUCAUUUGUGACUCACUGCUUUGGAUGUUUCAUAUAUUUUCAGAUUGGAAGCCUUUCAAUUUUGCUCUUCAGGGGCUCUGCUGGUUAUCCAGAACCUGAGGAAAACCGGUUUGCACCCUUAGAAUCCUUAGAGACCUUGGAAACAAUGAAAGCUUAA